AUGGUGCUGGACUCCACCUUCUCAAUCGAGAGGCGGACUUGCCGCUUCUCCCAGAUCCUAAUAGACGGCGGUAGCAGCAUCAACAUCCUCUACCGUGACACCAUGGAAGAGCUGGGCAUCAAGGAGAAGCAACUCCAGCCCAGCCGGACUGUGUUCCAUGGCAUUGUCCCUAGGAUUUCCUGCUUUGCAAUCGGCAAAAUCAAGAUUGACGUCCUGUUCGGCGACAAGACCCACUUCCGCCGCGAGCCCAUCUGGUUUGAGGUGGUUGACUUGGACAACCCCUACCACGCGCUCUUAGAUGAAAUGGCGGGUCCCAAGUGCUUCAUCACCAUUGCCGGCGACUACCAGAAGUCGCUCACGUGCACCACAGCCAGCUCCCGGCUGGCCGAGUCCCUUAUCAUCGCCGAAGGGAAGCGCCUCCUUGACCGGGCUCUGGCCAUGGCCAGCAAGCAGCCGGCCAUGCCAUCUAACCCCAAGGACGCGGACGCUGGGGGCUCCUUCCAGCCGUCCAAGGAAACCAAGAAGAUCAUCUUGGACCCGGCGCACCCGGAGCAGCAUGCUGUCAUAGGGUCCAACCUUGACAGCAAAUAG